GCAUUUCCAGUGUUGGCGUCCAUUGUUUAAAACAAAGCGUAAGAAGUAUAAUUUAAAAUUCAAAAUAUGAAUAAUAAAAUGAAACCCAGAAGUUCGCUUAAAAAGGUGCCUGCAGAGGAAGAUCAAACAGAGCGGUCAACAAGACGCCGAAUCAGUUUUAGCGGCAAAAAGUUUGUAAGAGAAUUCGAUACGACAGAGAAGCCCGGAGAUUACGACAACUCUUAUGAGAUAUCGGAUCACACCAAUGGCGACGACAGCUCGCGUCAAAGUCAUGUCACUGCAGCGGCGUGUACACUGCAAAUUACAACGCGCAACUCAAUGCCUAUGCCAAAUGAUAUGGAUAAGGAAAACACACCGCUGGUCAGUGUAAGAGAAUCGAUCUCAACGGAAUACGAUCAACAAAAUCGAAACGAUUUCACGCUUCAACUGCAGACGAGUGUUAACGUUACGCUGAUGCCACAUGAAUUGACCAAACAUCGGCCUCUCAUGGAUUUGUCAGCUCCCUUGGAGUCUAUGGCAUUCGACAGUUUAUCUCUAUCAGAUGUGGAACGGGAUAAGCUGCGUGAAAAUAGUAUUUUUAAAAUGCCCGUAAGUGAUAAAACCAUGGAUCUUAUGCCAUAUGAAAUGGAAUUUGAUGAGGUGAAUCCCACAACACCAGAAAAGGAAAACCUACAAAAUACAGUUGCUAUUCCCACAGACAUGAGUUGUGUGGAGCCAAAGGAAAGAGAUGUAAAGCAAAAGACAGUGCUAUUUGAAAACAACAAUAUAACGUGUGAUUUUACUGACAUUGAUCCACAACAAGUUGCUGCUUACGAUAUGGGAGAUAAAGAUUCUUUGAGCUCUUUGCUAGAUGAUUCGACGUCUUCACCGUUGAUACCAUUGGAUGUCAUUUCUGAAAACGGCAUUAGAAGAAAGAUGAAUUUUCGAGAGCUGAACGAAGCCUUGAACUCUGGACGUAUUCAACCCUUUCCCAAUGGUCCCAGAACGCCAACCACAGCACGGAAUGUGAAGUCACAACGUUUUUGGCAUGGAUUGGAGCAACAACCAAUGGAACAAGCUCGGCCACUGAGAGAAGCCAUCGAACCUCGCGGCACUCUCAACUUUAAUGAGAGUAUAAUGAUGUCGCCUAUUCCUCAACAGCAAAACCAGCCCAUAAAUGACCAAGCAAAUGAACCAUUUAAGAUGAAAAGUUUAGCUGAUGUUAAGCGCAACAAUCGAUACUCACAGGCGGAUGAACUAAUGCUGGACAAUACAAACUUUCUUGCUCACGCCAAAAUGGGAGAUGAAACGCAGUCCAGGAAUAGCUCCAAGAGUACAUCCCGACGUGAAACAACCUAUGAUAACACUGCAAUGGAAUUGGAUGAUAUAGAGAAGCAAGAAGCCGCAGUUGCUGCAGCUCUCGAGAAAGCAACACGCCGGCCAAUUAUCCAACGCAUCGCAGCAAUGGAUGAAAGCGAUUUAAUAAAUUCCACUAGCCAGAAUUUAGUCCAUGCAGCUACUGCAGAUCUGCAGGAUAAGCUACGACUCAGUCGUACGAUCCAAUUUAAUGAAUCAAUUGAAGAGGAAUGUCUAAGCAAGGCAACACAGGAACGUAAACAGCUUGGGCAAACAUUGCACCAACAGGAUGCUAUUGAAGAUCACACAACGUCCGUAGCUCCUGCCUUUGAACAGGAAUAUAUAAUCCGUAGACAAACAUUACACUUUACGGAAGCCAUAGAUGAAGAUACGGCGAGCCCUCGCAAGGAUUUAUUUGCAAAUUCGUUAGCUCCUCGGCGCAGACAAACAUUACACUUUGCCGAAGACAUUGAUGAAGAAAUGCCAAGUCCUCGACAGGAUAAGCAUCUGAAUUUGUUAGUUCCGCCACUCAAAGAACAGUCGAUCCGGCGCAGACAAACUUUACACUUGGCAGAAUCCAUUGAAGAGGAUGUUGUAAAGCCACAACCAGAAUUGAAGCCACUGUCAGGAAUUGCUGAAAUAGAACAGCAAAAAGGACGUGGCAGACAAACAUUACAUUUUGCGGAAGACAUUGAAGAGGAUACCCAGUGUCUUUCAAAAGAUUUGCAUGUAAAUUCGAUGGCUCCUCCAGUUGAACAAGAAGCUAGGCGGCGCAGGCAAACAUUGCAAAUGUCAGAACCAAUUGAAGAGGAUCUAGUUGGAGCACUGAAGGAAUUAAAGUCGCAAGCAGUAACUAUUCAAGAGGAGCAGCAACCAGGACGUCGCAGACAAACUAUACAAAUGGCAGAACCCAUUGAGGAGGAUCCACCAAAGGAUAUUAAUACAAUGCCCUCAGCUCCUGGUGAAGCACAGGAAUAUAACAUCCGUAGACAGACACUGCACUACUCCGAAGACAUUGAAGAAGACUUUGUGAGACCGCCACCAGAAUUACAAUUGAGUUCAGUAGUUCCUUCAGUGGAGAAGCAGAGCAACAGUCGCAGGCAAACAUUGCACUUGGCUGAACCCAUCGAAGAAGAUCUAAUAAGGCCUCAGGAGAACUUAAAAGUCCGACCAGAGGCUGCUCCUGUGAAAAAACCCAAUAAAGAGGAUAUAGUAAUGCCGCAGCCGGCAGCUUCUGCAGUGGAACAGCAGACGGGACGACUCAGACGAACAUUACACUUUGCUGAGGACAUUGAUGAAGAAAUGCCAAGUCCUGUCAAGGAUUUGCAGUCAAAUUCGUUGGCUUCUCCACUCGAACAGCAGGCGAGCCGGCGCAGACAAACAUUACUCGUGGCAGAACCCAUUGUAGAGGAUUUAAUUGGACCACAGCAUGAAUUAAAGUCACAGCCAACCACUGAUCCAGACAAUCAGCAAACGAGAAGGCGCAGACAAACUAUGCAGAUGGAAGAACCCAUUGAAGAGGAUAUAGUUAAACCAACAAAUGAUUUUUCGACAAAGAAAGCAGCUCCUGCUCCUGGACCAUUCCAGGAAUACAGCAUACGUAGACAGACACUACACUACUCUGAAGACAUUGAAGAUGAUUUUGUGAUGCCCGAAAAAGUAGCUCCUCCAGUGGAGCAGCAAAACAACAACAGGCGCAGGCAAACAUUGCACAUGGCUGAAUUCAUUGAAGAAGACUCCUUCAGUUCACACAACAAGGUGAUGCAGACACCUGCUCCAACUGAAUCCCGGCUCAAGCAUCAACAAACAAUGCAUUUUAGAGAUGCCAUUGAUGAAGAGCCAGUUGUAAACAACAAACAUAGACAUACUUUAUUAAAGUCAGAACGAAUUGAAGAAGACUUAAGCCCUCAAAUGGACACAAAGUUCAAGGUGAAACCCAGAGUCACAUAUCAUCUGUCAGAGCCCAUUGAGGAAGAUAUUUCUAGUGGUCCUACAAAGCAAAAACAAGAUAAACGGCCCAGACAGACACUUACCAUUUCGGAAUCUAUCAAAGAUGAUAUGAGUUGCAUUGAUUUAGGAGUGGACAUGGCACUAGGUAGUGAUGAGGAUCUACCAGUCGCUCUUCCAACUGAACAGCGUUGCAACAAGUCGAGAAUGACAUUUCUUUCCACCUUCGAACCGGAAUCCCUUAGUUCAAGAUUAAAUAAAACUCCAGAAGAUACUGGAGGGGAGUCUCAAUCCGAUUCAGCAGAGUGGUUAGCUCAAAUGAAUGCCAAUCUUCGCAAAACAUUGGUAAAUCCCAUUAAAGUUGAAGGAUCUAAAAGCGUUUUAAAUUCGAUACUCGCUAAUCGAACAUGUAUGGAAACACCCAGGAGAAAUAAAACACAACGUGAUUGUUUCCACAUCACACCUGGUCGCUCCAUGAUCGAGUAUGAAGAUCUGGAAAUGAUGUGUAAUAGUGAAAAUCCCAUAGAGACAGCUAAUGAUCCAUCGACCUACCAACCUAAAGACAUGGAAAUCGACAUGGAUGUGUCAAACUGUGGUACACCAAUUGUCGCUUCAAAGUCAUCAAAUUCGUUGAAUAUCAAACGAUUGCCGAUUCACUUGACGCCAAACUUUCCACAGCCAAAGAAGCGCAACAUGCAGGAGAAUCUGAACAACUCACAACUUCGGUUAGAUGCCUCAAGACGAGAUGGAGAAGAUCUAACGCCACAAGCAAAAAAUAAAUCUCGCAUUCCAGUUCUAUGUAAAACCUUGAACACAAUCUCACCAUGGCGAGAAACGGAACCGGAACAGGAACAACUAGAUGCCACCGUGCAAAUAGUUAGGGCACAAAUGAUGCGACAAUCACGUAGCUGUUUUGAAAUGGAGAGCAUUUAUCCGCCGGAGAAUAAGGUGCAAUUGGAGGCUGGAGCUGGUGCUGGUGCUGGAAUAUAUGAGGAUAAUCCUAUUACCAUAUCCGAUGUCUCGAGCCAUUUUGCGGCGCAGAAGGAAUUGGCCAAGCGAUCACUUGCCAAUGCAGCGGAGGAGCCAAAGAAUACCUCAAGCAAUAGUCGCAGCUCAAAUGAGAAUAGCAAUAAAAGCUAUGCAAGAGCCCAUAAAAAGUAUAUGAAUCUAAGUGGAGAUACUGUAAUCCUUGAUGCAGCUGAAGUCAUUGAUCUGGUGUUCGAUGACUGUGAAAUCGACCAAACGCGACUCAGUCUGGUGUCGACCUUGCUGGACGAGGAGCAAGACGGCGUUGAACAUGGCAGUGGUAUCGAAUUUGACGCGGAUCCUGAAUCUGAACCCGAAAACGAACUUGAGCCUGAGGCUUGUCUGGAACAACUUAAUCCGCCAGUUGUAGCUGGAUCUGUGGAUGCCUGCAAGAAAUGCAAACAUUGCAGACGCUCCAUGGAUGACACUCAGAUAAAUGAUAACGAAUUAUCUCAAUUGAAUGAUUGGGAUGCAAUAGAGGAGGGACUUAAGGAUUUGGAGCGUUUGCGAGCAAAGCCAAGCCUUGAAGAGGUCCACAAAUAUUACGAACUCAAGGAGCUGUCACGCCUCUCCAAUGCCAGUGAUGCCAUAAGCGAAGCAAUCCUCGAUGACAACGACAAGGAAGAACGCCUAACACUGCAAGAAAUGUUGGAGAUUUAUCAAAAGAUAUUUGAAGAAAUGAAGAGAAAUUUACCGGAACCAGUGAUUCCCACUCCAUUCGCAAAACGAGUGGAUGCCAAAUUACGUGACCAGGUCCCCAGAUGGAUAUUUGAUUAUCAACUGCAGUGCGAUCGUCAAUAUAUAAUCACGCAUCGAAAAAUUACCACAUUUAAUAUUGUUAUCAACUAUGAGCCGCUUGAUAUUAUGGAAAACUACAUUCGUGUGCGCAAUAUUAAAGCAACGACAACAACAACUUUUCCCAAACGUGAUUGGUGCGCGAACGAACAUCUACUGGAUUUUCAGGUGAGGCUUAAACUGCCUCUAAACCUGCUUAAUCUUCUGGACGGCAACGAUGAUGAUAAUUUUGUAAAAUUUCUAAAGCACGUUGACGCUAUUUGUUUGGAGACCACAAAGCUAUGCAAAGAUCUGAAAUUGGUAUUGGCAUCAAGAAGAGCGCGUCUUUUAAGACAACCAAAUCGCACUGUUGUGCGGAAAACUAUACGAAAACUUAUUCAAAUGAAGGAUGAAGCUUACAUGCGUGUGGAGAAAAUUCAUUUUCUCAUUGAAAUCGGUAAUGUUGAGCAAAUCUCAUUCAAGGACAUUUUGCAGCCGCCAUUGUAUCAAUUCGAUGAGAAGAUUCAAUUUUUACCCAAGGGGAUCGAUUUCCUGAACGUCUUCUUGGAAAAUCCCGAAGAAUAUCUUAAACCUAUUGUCGAGCCUAACAAUUAAGCGCAUUCGUUCCAGUUAUCUUUCUCUUUAAUUACGUAGUUUAUUUGUUUGUACUAAAUGACAUCAGUUUAUUAAAUGUACAUGAUAAGGAUAAGAAUGCUCGCACAAGAAUAAUUGUGAAGAACAAUCACGUACGUCAUUAAAAAAUUGUAAUCGGCCAUUAUCUACAUAUGCAUAUACAUCUUAUCAAACCUCAAUACGUGUAUUUAUAUUUUAAGUUAUCAUUUUAGUUGCUUCUGAGUCGUUGAAAGUGUUUGUACGAUAGAAAUAAAUUUUCAAUUAAACCAAAAUACUACAAUACUUUGUUAGAAGCAAACAAUACGUUGAGCUUCAAACAGUUAAAUAAAAAAAUUGUAAAUUUUCACGGAAAUGGCUAAUAUUUUCGACGGCCAUUUAAAAGAUAUGGAUGACUUCGAAUCGUCAAC